GGUGAAUACAUUACAUGAUGGAUAUUUAGUAGUGUUUAGAAACAUUAAGGCUUUAAUGUUCUAGGAUACCAUAUAAGGACAGGUAAAUGGUUAAGGAUAUUAUUUCCUCUAUGGUAAUUUUCAGUAUAAUUGUGCCGAAACUUGACACAUUACAUAUGGGUAAAACAUUCGAGUUUUUUGGCGUAGCACGACCUGGUUUUUCAUAUAUGUAUGAUAUAUGUUAUACAUAUAACAUAACCUGCAAUUUUAAGACAUGCUAAAGGAACAUUUUAUACAUUGUUCUAUUAUCCAGUAAGAUAUUUUCAUCACUAGAAGUGAAUCCAUGCUGUGUGUGCAUCUGUGAGAGUAUAUAUAAUAUAGGUAAUAAGUGGCAUAUUCAGCUUAUUCUUAAUGAACUCGCUUUAAUGCAACUUUGUGUGAUGCUGCUGUUUAUUUAUGUCCCUUCAUUUUCUACCUUGGACGCAAGUUUCGGUGUUCAUUGCUGAUGAGGCUAGUGCAUAUGUCUAAAAAGGUGUACAUAUUUGUAAGCACAGCAGCUGACUCUCAUCUAUGGAUGAUGUUAGUUCCGUUUUACAUUAUAUAAUACUACAAACUGUAAGAUGGGUGAUAACACCUAUUCCUCUUCUACAGCACUUUUAGUUAUAUUCGGUGCAGCUUACAAUUUUGCUAAGAUCAAUCAUCUCAUUCUGAUAUUUAUUGAAAUAGUAUUUUCAACAUCAGUUGAUGAUAAUGCAAAUAUGGAUGCAAAUAAUUUGAACAUGUUGAGAGCAAAUACUUCAUGCAUAUGUAUUGUAGGGGAAAUGUCAUAUACCCCUGCAAAACGAAAACGUCUUAGAGCAAGGGAAAACAAUGAUGUUCCUGGACCUUCUACAGAACCAUACCAUCAUCCGUUGUCCAGUGUGGUGCCAAUGCUUGACUAUGCGGAGCUGGCAAGACACAUUGUGCAACAACAAGCAAUCCAAUGACAGGCGGAACAACAGUUGGUUACCGAAAACAAUAUACAAGGGAGCCAGUCAGAAGCUGCAACACCCACAAUGACAUCAGCAACAUUGUCAGGUGGAACCCAUAGUGUGGGGGCUACCAAUGUCCUACCUGGGCCACAGUCUGUCUCUCCCAUGGACACCCCCAACAUUUCUAAUGUGGGUUCGAUUUUAGAUGUAGUUUUCUCAGGUGAGUCAGUAAGGUUUCCACCAAUCAAGAUGUUAGAUGCGAUACCUUUAGGUGCUACGAUUUCGGUUAAAUUGAAAAAUAAGAUUUGGUCAAAUGAGUUUGUUGAUUUGCGCUCACUUCUUCCUGAUCAAUCUGAAGAACCACUCUCUAUCACCAUCAAAGCUGGUAAAAUUGAUGUGGAGCACACAUCUAAAAACAAAUCACCCCUCAGCAUUAGUCAGUGGACUGAUGCUUUUUUGAUUUUCUCCACUAUAUACGUACAGAAAAAUCCCCAGGAGGCUGGGAAUCUGCUCAAGUACUGUUUUUCAGUGAGGGAGAUGAGCAGUUUAUACAUUGAUUCAGCCUGGAGGGGUUAUGAUGAGAGUUUUAGGCGGCUCAGAAAAUCUCAAACACUGCCUUGGGAAAAUUCUGUCCCAGAAUUAAGACUCAAGGCAGCCUCUAUGGGGUUUAAGGUUCCUGGAAAACCAGCAAACCAGACUUAUGGAAAACAGAAUCCUUUUCGCCCCUUUUCGGCUAAAGUCUGCUUCGCAUAUAACAGUGGUCAGCAAUGCGCAUCAAACCCCUGUAAAUACGCUCACUUUUGUCAAGAGUGUACCGGCAAACACCCACAAUCUAAAUGUUUUCAAAGGGAGAAGCAACAUUUCAAAGGAGGAAACAGGCAAAAACAAUCUGCCAACGCCUAUACACCCAACAAACCUGCAAAGUGAGCUCCAAGGAUACCCCAUUGAUAAAGUAGAAUUUUUUAUACAUGGGGUUACCCAUGGUUUUUGUUUAGUUCAUUGGCUCGCCAGACACGCAUGAACCUCAUAAUCAUAAAUCUGCAUUACAACACCCGGAAGUGAUAGAGGAAUAUAUUAAAAAAGGUUUAGACACUCAAAGAAUACAUGGUCCAUUUCCCUCUCCUCCUGUUACUUAUUUUAAAACCUCUCCCUUGGGGGUGGUCCCUAAUUCGGACCCUGGGAAAUUCCGGAUACUCCAUGACCUUUCUUAUCCACAUGGUCAUUCUGUAAAUGCUCUUAUCCCCCAGAGGCCUCUGCAGUUACUUAUGACUCCAUUGACACGAUUAUCUCACUUGUUCAAAAAUUCGGAAAACGUGCACUUAUAUCUAAGUCUGACAUUAAGGAUGCCUUUAGGAUCAUGCCUGUCAAUCCCUUAGAUUACCAUUUAUUAGGUUUUGUUUGGAAUUCUGCGUUCUAUUUGAGUGCAAGCACUAUAUCAUCACACAUAUCUGCUCUGGGCUAUGUCCACAAAUUGUUCAAUUUGCCAGAUCCUUCUCAAGCCUUUAUAGUAAAGAAACUUCUGCGUGGUUGUCACAAAUUGGCAGGGACUGUAGACUCAAGGCUACCGAUAACGAAAGAUAUUUUAGCAAAACUUCUUGCGGCUUUGUCUCAUACAUUUGCAGCAAAAGCCAACUACAUAUUAUUAGAUGCUCUGUUUAAAUUAUGCUUUCAUGCAUUCCUUCGCCUUGGGGAAGUUGUUUCAAAAUCUGCAGGAAGUAGCAGUUUGGUGGUGCAGCGGUCAAAUGUCGCCUUUCAAUUUGAGGGUUCGUUACUGAAAUCAGUGCAGAUAGUUCUACAUCAUUUCAAAAAUCAGAAACAUAACAAUCCUUUUGUCAUUACACUUGAGAGCAGCAUAGAUCCAACAAUGUGCCCUGUGGCAGCUCUGCAUCGCUUUUUAUCACAUUUCAAGCAUUCUUCGGGACCCUUAUUCCAGUUCAUAGGGGGGAACCCUGUUACAUAUUCUUGUGUCUCCACUCAACUCUAUGCUGCUGCAACCUUUGCUGGUCUGAACCCAAACUUGUACAAAGGUCAUAGUUUUAGAAUAGGUGCUGCUACAUAUGCCACAAGUCUGGGUUAUUCUGAGAAUCUGAUCAAACAAUUAGGCAGAUGGAACUCUAAUACCUUUCGUCGCUAAAUAAGAAUACCUGCUUUCAACCUUUAACUUAUUUUCUACCCCAUCCUCUGCUUUUUUAACUUGAUAGUCGGGGCGCAUUCAGGUUCAGCAACAACCUUUGGCAGGUCAGUGUCUAACUACUGCUAAAGACUGCAUCACUUGCGUACAUACACCUGUUGUAAACUUGGGCAGGUCAGUGUCUAACUGCUGUUAAAGACUGCAUCACGUGCGUGCAUAUAUCACUUGAAAACUUGGGCAGGUCAGUGUUUAACUGCUGCUAAGGACUGCAUCAAUUGACUGUUAUAUCAAUUUUGAGACUUCGAGCAGGUCAGUGUUUAACUGCUGCAAAAGGUUUGGUACUGUGUAAAUAUUUAAACAAAAUAGGUUUUUUUGCAAGUUGAUAUCUGUUAUAUUUUCUUUGUAGUAAUUUUUAUUUCUUUUUGCAAGUUGUAGAGAAUUUUUUUCUGUUUUAUAUGCUACACAUUGGUACUGUAUACAUUGCUAUACGUGGUUGGUGCAAUAUACCUUACUGACUCACUUAGUUACGUUAUCUUUUUAUACACAGAUAUGUCCAAAGUAUGUCUUGUUAUAUACAAUAUCCUUUAUGUUAUAGCACAGGAAUGUGUCAACUUUGGUAACCAUACACACUGUUAAUUGCAAUCGGGUCAGUAUUUAACUGUUUAGGUGUUAUAAAUGUUUAUUAACUCUCCACAAUUAAACUAGUUAUAUGAUACUGUGUUUCAUAUCUUGUGGCCUUAUUUGUUCGCCAUCUUUUUGCUCUGGGUUUGUUUUGAUGAAUUUUUAUUUAUCAUCUUAUAGCGUAGCAUUAUUUAAGUUAUUUUGUCUUCUUUGGGGGAAAUCAGACUUUGAGUAAUUUAGCUUUGUAGGUACUUUCAUGUAGAAUGUAUUAUCUGAUUUCCCCCCAAAUCUUAUGUUGAAGAUUUCUUUCGUCAUUUGGUAUUGUAAUAAAUGACAAAUUUUCAAAAAGGGGGUGAGGUUAGGUAUUUUUUGCUAGUUCCAUAUUGAACCCCAUUAUGGUGUAUAAUUUUUUAUUAUAUUUAACUUACUAAUAGAUUAACCACUUAAUGAAAUAAAAUAAGAAAUUUGAUGGAUAAUUGUUUGCAGCUUAAGCAAAAGUAUGACCCUGUGUGCAAAUAUUGUGCACUAUUUUAAGGUAAUUAGUCAACGUAGCUUUGUUGAAGUAAUGUUGUUGCACGUUAAUAAUGAUUGCUGAACUUGAAAUUGAUGUGCAAUACACAAGUAUGUGAAAUGUUGUUUGGAACCAUAUAUGACAAGUUAUGAUCCUUUUUACAAUAAAAAUGUUAUAGCUCUAUUUGUAUAUUGCUCUCUACUUAUUUUUCUUCCCUUUUUACGCUUUACAAGGACUAAAGAAGGUGUUAUUAAAAUUGCCAUCUUUCUCAAAAACAAGGUCGAUUACCUACAUUGAUAUUUUAUUAUGUUUUAUA